CAGAGAAUGAUGCACUUGGUCAUGCCCGCUUGGGCCAUCUUGAUUUGUUCGUCCUGUGUUGGAUCGUCUUCUGCGUUCCAUGGAUUUGUCCUGGCCCCACUUCCCGGGCUGGUCCAAGCUAUCAUCCAUUUCGACUCCCCUGGACUGAAAAUACAAUGGUAGUUUGAUGUGAGAAUCAAAUAGAGUAUGAAAUAGAAUAUAAAAUGCAACGAAAUAGAACGAAAACAAGAAGUGAUAAAGCGGGAGACAAUAAGUAAGACUAGGUAGACAAAUAUAGGAUAAGUUAAAAGUAGGAAGACAAGUAAGA